AUGCACACGACGCAAUCAUCAGAUCGCGACCAAACAUUGUUUCUUUUCCGCCUUUCUUAUUCAAAACAUUUCCCGCCGUUUCUCACUCACUUCCAUUUUCUUUUCCUCAUCCCCUUCUCCCCACUAUCUCUUACUUUACCACUCUUUCACAUAGAUUUUUCUUUUUCUCUUUCUCUCUCUCUAUCUCUCUCUGAUAUUCCCCGUUUUUGUAUUUUUCCUCAUUUUUUCUUUUUUUGUUUCUUAUUUUAUUUUGUUGUUUUUUUUGCUCACCUUCUUUUUUCUUUUAUUCCUAUUUUCUUUCUUUCAUAUUCAGCUUUUGAUUAUCAUUUAUCUCUUUUUUUUUCUAUUUUGCGUUUACCUUUCUCGCUUUUCAACCUUUUCUUCUUCUUCUUCUCCUCCUCCUCCCCCUUCUUCUUCUUCUUCUUCUUCUUCUUCUUCUUCCAGGUGCCGUUUCUUAUUACGUCUGUUCCGAAUAUCUAUCUAUCUAUCUAUCUAUCUAUAUCUAUGAAUCUAAUCAUUAUCUAUCUAUCUAUCUAUCUAUCUAUCUAUCUAUCUAUCUAUCUAUCUAUCUAUCUGAAUCUAAUGAUAUGA